AUGCUCGCCUCACCCGCGCCCGGCACACCGACUCGCCUGUCGGUCGCGCGUUCCGCCGACUCGGCUCGGCUCGGCUCUUCUCGACUCGACUCGACUCGCGCCUCCGAUUGUCACAAUAAGGCUCGCCCGCACCCAGCCAAUCAGCGACAGGCUGGAGGGCAGCCCGGCGAGGCCGAGCGCGCCGCCGCCGGCCGUCUUUGUGCCUCCGCCCGCCGCACACGCCCCAUUGGACAGACCGCCGACAGACACCUGGGACCGACGGCCCACCCCCUUCGACCAGCUAUCGCUCGCGGUCGGCCACCCAAGCCCUCGGGCGCUGGGCGUCGUGUUGACGUGCAGAAACAGCGGCGGAUAGACCUGUCGGUCAGAGGGUCAGAGGUUGCACAUCCGACUGGUAUCAAUCCUCUACUUUCCGCAUUGUCCACCCGAUUGUUGGCUCGAGGCCUAUCGAUUUUUAUCCUUUGUAUGGUAACCACCACCACCACCACCUCUUAUGUAACCGUCACCGGCACAAACCGCCCGGGCCAGAGGGUCGAGAUUUAA